AUGGGCCCGUCUUCUCUUCUGGACUCCAACCACAGCCCACGGAAGGGGGCUGACCCUCCUUUUCUGCUUGCUUCUGGCAGCCAGGCCAUUCUUCUCAAGCACAGAUAUGAUUGGGCCAUCACUCCUGCUUCAAGGCCUCUACUGGCAUCUAUGGAUCAAGUCCAGGGCACGCCCUAUGCAGCAGGGAUCCUGCUCUAUGUUCGGAAAUGGGUUUCUGCAGCACCUGGACUGAGUCACUGCUCAUUAAAAUUCAGCUUUACUCUACUUCUAUUGAUUUCUACAAUGCAUAUGUUUUGGUGUUAUCCUGUUACACCUUCUAAGGUGUCUGGAAAAUCUGAUUACUUUCUCAUCCUGUUGAACGGCUGCCCAACUAGGAUGGACAGGAGAGAGGGACUAGAUUUUCUAAAGCCCAUUUUCGAGAAGAUGUUUAUGAAAAGGUCCUUUCGCAAUGGAGUUGGCACAGGGAUGAAAAAAACUUCCUUUCGAAGAGCAAAAUCAUGA